UCCUAUCAUGGGCAUCUGCAGCAGGCUUAGGCACUGCUGACCAAUGUAUAAGCGAAAAUGAUUCACUUUACAAAUAUCUUGUAGCGGCAAAAAGGACGGUUAGCAACAAUUUAUUGAAAAUGGCUGUUUCUCUAGGAGACAUUGAAAUGGCGAAAGAACUGAUUAGCAGAGGUUAUCAAAUUGGGGACAUUCUCAAUUCAAAUUUUCAAGAUGGAUUAACAAACGGAGAGAAAGAGAAUGUAGAGACAGGUAAGUUUUCAUUCCUACAUGCGUAUUUUCCUCGUUACUUAAUUUUAUUGAUGAUGUGCCCACUUUCUUUGCAGUUUCAAGACAAAUUGAGAUGAUCAAAGAACAAGGAAAUGACAAUCCAACUGUAUUAGAUAGUCUUGGUCGAUCGGACUAUGCACAAGGUCUUGCUGCAUUAUUUUUGAAUCAUUACAUAAAGCCUCCCAUAGCUGUCGGUAUCACCGGUUCUUGGGGUAUAGGAAAAUCUAGCCUCAUGCACCAGACUGAACGCAUUUUACUAGCAACAGCAGCUCACACAGCAUUGCUGCCAUCCUCAAAAUUAUCGAGCUCAGCUUUAGAAUUGCCCGAUAUUACACCAUGCGAAUUAUCAGAAAAGGGGAAAAGGAUAUGUGAACACAUUUACGGACAGAUAAAGGGUGGAAAACGCGUUAAUAGAAACAUAUUUGUAAUCUUGUGGGAUUACAUGAGAAGCAAGCUAAAACAAACUAGUGUAAAGGACAUUCAGGAAGAGUUGGAGAAAUUACUAAAUGAGUAUGAGGAGAAAUUUCUAAACCAGCAUGAAUCUAAAGGUUAUUAA